AGCCAGCCAGUGCGCCAGCCACCAUGCAUAUGCAAUAUUGACGAAUGCUGCUGAAGCUGAAGUGCUGAUGCUGUUUUUAAUCAUGCUACAGUAGAAUCGUCCAUCCUGCUCGCUUGUCUUUCUGAGCUGUGCAUGCACAACGAUUUGGGCUUGAGUGGUGGUGCUAAAGUCUCCAUGGGAUGAGCUUGAGUCCGCUGCUCGCCCGACCGGAGUGAGGCGGCGCGGCGAUGGAGCACGGGUCGUUGACAGACUCGACGUCGUCGACUUUCUCCAUCAUGGACGAGGACCACACCCUCGCCAACUCCGCCAGAUUCGUCCUCAACCAGGACCCAAGGGUAGCAUUUUGUGGAUAUACCAUCCCUCAUCCUUCUGAGAAGAAAGUGAACAUAAGACUUCAGACAACAGGAGAUGCAGCAAAGGAUGUACUGAAAGAUGCCUUGCAGAAUCUGAUGAUUAUGUGCCAGCAUGUCAGAGGGACAAUGGACACCGCGGUGGUUAACCAUAGAGCAAAAAAUGCUGCAGAAGAAAUGGAUGUUGAUCAGAACUAGAAUGAACGCAGUGUUUGUUGAGACCAAACACAAUAUCAUUACAGCUUUUAGUACUGGUCAGAAGCUCGGAGAGCUCAGUCAUUGUUCCAGUUGUUUGUAGGAGUAACGGUCGUAUUCAUUGGCUUCCACUUCUGCAAUACUGAAACUUCUUCAGUUUACUGCAUAAUUGCUUUUAGCAACAUCUAUACUACUGCUUA